AUAUGGCCAGCUCUGACCGCUACCGUUAAUCAAGAGAAUGUUUCCAUCUCUCUCCGCUUCAUUCACCGUCUAAAUUCACGGAAAAUCCCAACCCUAAUUUAAAAUCCUCGCGUCACGUUUCUUCUUGCAUAGAAGAUCAGAUUGAAGCUAAUCUCAGCGAGAAUUGCUGAAGGUAGAAUCAAGAUCACGAAGAUCGAAAACCUGAUCUUCACAGCAAUUGAUGAUGGUCGGGGGCAAUAACGCCAAGUCAACGCCUCAAAAGCCUCCAACAACCUCCGCCGCAGCUUCUUCUUCCCAUCACCGUAAAUCUCGUUGGGGCUCAAACAACAACGAUGGUGGUAGCAGUAAGACUAACACAACCACCAGCAACAACAAGCAGACGACAGGUGGCCAGAAAAUCCCCGAUAAGAAACUUCCGAAUCCUUCUCCUAACCUAGCUCCGAUCCCGAGCCAAUCCCGUCCCAAUCCAACACCCUCAUCAUCAUCGCGUUCUGCUCUACCCCCGGCGCAAUUCGCUUUCCCAGAUCCGUCGGCGGCGCUUGGUGCUCCUCCUGCGCCGACUUACGGGUUCCAUAUGCUCGAGCGUCGCACCAUCGUCCUCGUCGACGGAAGCGUCCGAUCAUACUUCGCGCUUCCUCCUAAUUACCGUGAUUUCCCUCCCAAGCCCCGUCUCCCUGAUCCGGCGGCUAAUAGAUUUAUGGGACCUGAAUUCGGUAGAUUCCCUCCGGAGGAGUUUAGAGAUCAGAGGCAGCACGAAGGAUCAAUGAAACGGAAACAUCCAGGCGAGGAAGAGAUUGAUAGGAGGGACGAGGGAGGUGAAUUGCUGAGACAAAGGCAUCAGUUUAUGCUGUAUGCGAAUCCUAAUGAUCCCUCUCUUAUGGCUGGUACGAGUAGGAGGGAUUCUGGGGAAGAUGCUAGAGCGGCUAAGCACAUGCGGGUGGGAUCAAGCAGGAAUGAGAAUGGAGGUCAGGUUGCGAUGAAGAAAGCGUUUUUGGAUUUGGUUAAGCGGAUUUACGAGGACCCGUCCGAGAAGAAGAACUACUUGGAGAACGGGAGGAAAGGGCGGCUUCAGUGUCUCGUCUGCGGCAGGUGUCCUAAAGACGUCCAGGAUACACAUGGUUUGGUAAUGCACACGUACUAUUGCGAUGAUACUAGCUCACGUGUGCAUCACUCAGGCCUACACAAAGCUCUAUGUGUAUUGAUGGGAUGGAAUUUCUCAAAGCCCCCUGAUAACUCGAAGGCUUACCAGAAUCUACCUGCGGAAAUGGUAGCAAUCAAUCAAGACGAGCUGAUUCUAUGGCCACCUCACAUUAUUGUUCACAAUACGAGUACAGGGAAGGGUAAAGAUGGGCGUAUGGAAGGUCUUGGAAGCAAAAGAAUGGAUGACAGAAUUAGAGAACUAAAAUUCAACGUUGGGAAAUCAAGGGCACUGUAUGGAAGAGACGGUCAUCUAGGAAUUACCCUCUUUAAAUUUGCGGGAGAUGAUUCAGGGCUCAGGGAAGCUUUGAGAAUUGCCGAAUACUUUGAGAAAAUGAACCGUGGGCGCAAAAGUUGGGCCGGGUUACAACCAUUCACUCCAAGCAAAGAUGAUGAGAACAACCCUAGUCUUAUGGAGGUUGAUGGUAAGACAGGUGAGAAAAGGAGGGUCCUUUAUGGUUAUCUGGCGACCGUAAAAGACUUGGACAAAGUCGAUAUGGAGACAAAGAAGAAGACCACAAUUGAGAGCCUAAGAGAACUCGCAGGAUCAAAGUGAAUUUACACGUCUCUUGCUGAAGGUACACUUUAAUUUCAGGGUAUUUAUUGCCUACUGAAUCUGUAUGUUUUAGUCAUAAGCAAAGUUUUAGUUUUCUUUUUAUAAUUGAAUAAAAUUUCUUGGUUUUCUUGAUCCUUUGAUUCAGUGAUCACAUUGCCUAUAGACUAAUAUGGGUGUGGGCUGAUGAUAUAUUAUACGAGCUUCUGUUUUACAACAUCCUUGGAAGUAAAUUGUGAUAAAGUGUUUGAUGCUUUUGAGUUUU